GAGGAAGCGGAAGUGGGGACCGGCCUGGGCCCUUGAGCCUGGCUGGAGUAGGUGGAAUAUCCUGGGGAGAGGAGGUUUGGUCGUUGGGCAGCGGCCGACUUUCCUCUCAGAGGCUUUCCUGAGGUCCAGCCUUCCCCUCCACUGCCGGUUCUCCUAGGGUAAUCGCUGGUCUGAUUCUCUGUGUGGCCGAACGCCCAGCACCUGGCUCAUCUGGUACACAGUCGUCAUCUGAAAUGGGGGUUGUAUGAAUGAAGACGAGGAUGCCGAGGAAAGGCCCUGCCCACAGAAAGUUGAUUCUUGCUCAGCCUCCACCCGCCAUUUUCAAAAUUCUUUCCAAAGCAUCUCGUUUCUUCCUCCCCCACGGCCCUGUCUGGCGAUUAUUCUUUGUGUUGCGGAUGAGGGAACUGAGACUUAGAGAAGUUGUUAAGUCUUAGUUAGGAAAUGGCAAAGCAGGACCUCAAAUCAUGGCUUUGAAUCCUAAUUAAAGGAGAGAGAUGAGGCAUGUGAAGGCCCAGGUGUGAGCACAUUGUGAGCGUUCAAUGAAGAGUAGCUGUUUACUCCAGGGUGUGAGGACUGUGUCUUGUGCACCUGUUCUCCGUUUCCUAGAAUGGAGCCUGCCACAUGGAAAUUGAUACUUUAUCAACAUAGAGAUUAAUUAUUUGUAUUUGGGAGCAGCAGAACUGGGGACCAAUUACCUGUCAAGAGUUUUAUAAGCCAGUGACAUAAACAGUUAUUCCAUUGCUUUCAUCCUCCAUCUCACCUUGGAACUUGUAUUACUUAUGGCAUUCAGGAGACAAGUGAAAAACUUUGUGAAAAAUUACUCAGAUGCUGAAAUAAAAGUCAGGGAAGCAACUUCUAACGACCCUUGGGGUCCCUCUAGUUCUCUGAUGUUAGAUAUCAGUGACUUGACUUUCAACACAAUUUCUCUCUCAGAGAUUAUGAAUAUGCUAUGGCACAGACUCAAUGACCAUGGGAAGAACUGGCGCCACGUGUAUAAAUCCCUUACCCUAAUGGAUUAUCUCAUCAAGAAUGGAUCAAAGAAAGUUAUUCAGCAUUGCAGAGAAGGGUUUUGUAACCUUCAAACACUAAAAGAUUUUCAGCACAUAGAUGAAGCUGGAAAAGACCAAGGUUAUUAUAUCCGGGAAAAAUCUAAGCAAGUCAUCACAUUGCUGAUGGAUGAACAGUUGCUGUGUAAAGAGAGGGAAGUGGCAUGUCGGACUCGACAGCGCACCUCCCACUCUAUAUUGUUUUCUAAAAGACAACUUGGUUCAAGUAACUCACUGACAGCAUGCACUUCUGCCCCCACACCGGAUAUUUCUGCUUCAGAGAAGAAGUAUAAGCUUCCUCAGUUUGGAAGGUUACAUAAUAAAAAAAAUGUGUGCAAGGCAGAAUUGAAACAAGAGCAUUGCCAAGAUGUUCAUUUGCCUACAGAAACUAUGUUGUCCCAGGAAACACUUCCACUCAAGAUUCAUGGUUGGAAAUCAACAGAGGACCUGAUGACAUUUGUGGAUGAUGAUCCAGAGCUGCCUUUACUAGCAACACCUCCUUCCAUUGUCUCUCCAAUCACUUGCUUGUCAGAAGCAGAAGAAGUUUGUAAUCUUUUGGGUGCAGAUGCUGUGCCUACUCUCUCAGAAAAUAGUCCUUCUGGGCAGACAGAUGUGAGUUUGGACAAGAGAUCAGAUGGUAUCCUUACAAAUACUGUCACAGAAAACCUCUUGGAAACACCUUUAGAAAAGCAAUCAGCUGCAGAAGGUCUUAAAACAUUGACAAUUUUACCAGCAUGUUGGUCAAGUAAAGAGGAGUUUAUCAGCCCCGACUUAAGGGUAUCAAAGUCAGAUUCUACUUUCCAUAACCAGGCCUCUGUAGAAACACUCUGUCUCUCUCCCUCAUUCAAAAUAUUUGACCGAGUGAAGGAGAUUGUAAUCAACAAGGCCUACCAGAAACCAGCACAAUCCAGCAUUCAGAUGGAUGAUAAAAUCCUCAAGACAACCACACGGGUUUCAACUGCUUCUGAGGGAGCAUCUUCCUUUUCUCCUUUAUCCAUGUCAUCUCCUGAUUUAGCCUCUCCAGAGAAGUCAGCUCAUCUCUUAUCCCCGAUUCUGGCUGGACCUUCCUUCUGGACUUUGUCCCAUCAACAGUUGUCUUCUGCCUCCUUUAAAGAUGAAGAUAAGACAGCCAAGCUACAUCACUCCUUUGCUUCUAGGGGCCCAGUGUCUUCUGAUGUAGAGGAAAAUGAUAGCCUCAAUCUACUGGGAAUUCUUCCAAAUAACUCUGAUUCUGCUAAAAAGAAUAUAAGUCACAUUUCUAGUAGUCACUGGGGGGAGUUUUCCACCCAAAAUGUAGACCAGUUCAUCCCUCUGUCCUUUUCUGGUUUUCAGUUAACCAAAGACUUCCCCCAGGAACCUGAAGCAAAGAAUUCCAUUAGUGUUCUUUUAAGGGAGGUAAAACGUGCGAUCGCUAGAUUACAUGAAGAUCUGAGCACAGUGAUCCAAGAACUUAAUGUCAUCAAUAACAUCUUGAUGAGCAUGAGUCUGAAUAGUUCACAAAUAAGCCAGUCUUCCCAGGUCCCCCAGUCUUCUGAGGGGAGCUCAGAUCAGAUUAAUCAUCACAAUAUCUAUUUUCGAUAGAACUCGUGUGGUUCCACUUCCCCAAGACUUACGUUAGCAUUGUAUAAAUUCAUAUUACUAUGGCAAAAAAGGGGAUGGUUUAAUUUUUCCUUGUCAGGUUUAUUAGCAAGUAUCUUUCAAACUAAUACUUUCAUUUGGGUGGUUUAUUUUUUAAAAGGGAAAGAUGUCACCUUUGAUAAUUUCAGAUUUAGAUAUUAGUUCAUUUGAAACAGAAGAGAAUUUCAUUCUUUCAUGCUCUGUACCUCAAAUGGGUUAAGCAUUAGUGAAAAUUGUGGUAAGACCUCAAACUGCAAAUGACUAUUCAAGAGCUUUUGGAUAAGGAGGCAGGAAGAAGCUCUUUAUCUUUCAACUGUAUGGAGCUUGUUAACAAGCCUCUGAGGUGACCUAGGAGGAUUGAGUUUGGGGGUAUACAUUUCACACAUGCUUUUGCAAGUUUUAGGUUCUGCAACCAAGGGCCAGAAAUCUUUUCUUUCUUCCAGAUGCUAGUGUUAGGAGUUAAAUGGAAACAAGAAGGACAUGGGGCAAAUGUUUUUACUGUCAAUGUAUAUUGCAAGGUGAAUUCAAAUGCAUCCUUUUAUUCUACUUCAGAAAAUAAAUUUGAUAUUUUUCAUCUUC